AUGUUCAGACGACUCUCAAAGACCUUCCACAGGAAAAAGGACUCAAACAGCCAUACAAAUGGCUAUACUAAUGGCAAUCCUGGGAAAGGUGCCCCCAUGACAAACGGAACGGUCUCCCACAGCUCUUCGGAACAUGACAACUCGAAAGAGACCCAAGCCACCCGUGCGGACGUGCAAAGCACGUUUGAGCAGUACGCUCAAUUAAUCCACGCUGCGCAGCGCCCACUGCCCACCGAGUCUGGUGAUGGAGCAUACCUUACUACCGAAGAGCCCUCGGGGUUUAUGGCCGAUCUGAAAGCCCUAGGCUUCAAAGAGAUUAAGACCAUCAAACACAUCAUGGAGGAAAAAGCGGCGGGUAAGCUUCAAGACGACAAAAAGAUGCUCAUGGAGGAGGUCAUGCAGCUUGCUGCCGCGUUACCUGACAAGUCAAGUAAUCGUGUUCAGCUUACUGGCUUGUUUUUGGACGAGUUGUGGAAUAGCCUCCAGCACCCCCCCAUGUCAUACCUUGGAGACAAGUACCUCUAUCGAUCUGCAGACGGCUCGAACAACAGCUACAUCUUCCCCAUGCUUGGUGCUGCCAAUACUCCCUAUGCAAGGUCGGUUCGUCCUAUGACAAUACAACCUGGCGCGUUACCCGAUCCCGGGCUUGUGUUCGAUAGCCUCUUCGCUCGACAGAAGUUCAAUCCAUCCCCGAACAAGGUUUCCAGCGUUUUCUUCGACUGGGCAUCGCUCAUCAUUCACGACCUGUUCCAGACCGAUCAUCGGGACUUCAGCAUUUCUCAAACUUCCUCAUACUUGGAUCUGUCCAUUCUCUACGGAGACGUGCAAGAAGACCAGAAUCAUAUGAGGACUUUCCAACAUGGUAGAAUCAAGCCAGACUGCUUUUCGGAAUCGCGCUUGUUGGCAUUUCCGCCUGCCUGUGGAGUAAUGCUUAUCAUGCUGAACCGAUUUCACAAUUAUGUCGUCGAGCAGCUGGCUGCCAUUAACGAGAACGGAAGGUUCACGCCCCCGUCGGACAGGCUUCCACCCGCGCAAGCAGAACAAGCUUGGAAGAAAUAUGACAACGAUCUCUUCCAGACAGGGCGCCUGAUCACAUGCGGUCUCUAUAUCAACAUAACCCUGUAUGACUACCUCCGCACGAUCAUUAAUCUGACCAGAAGCAAUAGCACUUGGACUUUGGAUCCUCGAAUGGACACGCCGAAGACUUUCGGUAAAAAUGGCACCCCUCAAGGUGUUGGCAAUCAAGUCUCCGUAGAGUUCAACCUUGCUUAUCGCUGGCACUCUUGCACCAGUGAGAACGAUGAGAAAUGGACUGAAGAAGUUUACACCGAGCUCUUUGGCAAGAAGGCAGAUGAAGUAUCGUUUCCGGAGCUGAUGGCGGGACUGUCCAAAUGGGAUAAGGAUAUGUCAGAUGAUCCUAUGAAGCGACCCUUUGCUCAUCUUCGACGAGGUGAGGACGGAAAAUACAACGAUGAUGAUCUGGUUAGGAUCAUGCAGGGGGCAAUAGAAGAUGUUGCAGGCUCGUUCGGACCUCGCAAUGUUCCCAAAUGUCUUCGGUCAAUCGAGAUUCUAGGCAUGAAGCAGGCGCGUGCCUGGAAUUGCGGAAGUUUGAACGAGUUUCGAAAGUUUUUUGGUUUGAAGCAGUACGACACAUUCGAGGAGAUCAAUAGUGAUCCAUAUAUCGCCGAUCAGCUUCGCCGACUCUACGAACAUCCAGAUUUUGUCGAGCUGUACCCUGGCAUUGUUUCCGAGGAAGCAAAGCCGCCGAUGGUCCCCGGUGUUGGUAUCACGCCAACUUAUACGAUCUCUCGAGCUGUGCUUUCUGAUGCAGUCGCUCUUGUCCGAGGUGACCGCUUCUACACGCUCGACUACACACCCAAGAACCUCACGAACUGGGGUUUUCAGGAGAGCAACUACUCCCUUGCGAUCAAUAAUGGCUGCGUUUUCUAUAAGUUGAUGCUGCGAGCAUUUCCAAACCACUUCAAGCCAGAUUCAAUCUACGCCCAUUACCCAAUGACAAUACCGAGCGAAAUGGCAGUCGUUAUGAAAGACCUGGGCCGCUAUCACGAGUUCAGCUGGGAGAAACCCAUGCGGAUCCUUCCUCGGAUCAACUUGACUUCUUACCCCGCUGCGAAGUAUAUUCUCGAGCGUGCACAAGACUUCAAUGUUAUGUGGAACGAAGGUUUUGAGCACGCCAUGGGGAAAGGAGGCCUGAAGUUCAUGCUGGCUGGUGACACACCCUUCCACACGAACCAGCGAGAGGUGAUGAGCAAGUCGUUGUACAGGAAUGACUGGCACAGAGCAGUCAAAGAAUUCUACGAGUACCAAACCCUGAAGUUGCUCAAGGAAAAAUCGUGCCAAAUUGCAGGCAUCAACCAAGUGGACAUUACUAGAGAUGUCGGCAAUCUGGCUCAUGUCCAUUUCGCGGCAAACAUGUUUGCACUUCCCUUGAAGACCGAGGAAAACCCGCACGGCAUUUUCUCAGAGCAUGAGAUGUACAUGAUGAUGUCUGUCAUCUUCACUGCCAUCUUCUUUGAUUUCGAGCCCACAAAAUCCUUUCCUCUGCGGAAGGUUGCAUUGAAGCUCUCCAACAUGUUGGGGAAACUGAUCGAGGCACACGUCAAAACAGUAAAUGCAACUGGCUUUGCUGCGAAACUCAUCGACACGUACCGGGAGAACGACAACGCAUUGUCAGACUAUGGUAUCCACAUGGUUCGCAGACUCACGGAGACAGGGAUGACGCCGUAUGAGAUUGCAUUUUCUCAGAUCAUGCCCACAGCAAUCGCAAUGGUGCCAAAUCAGUCGCAAGUGUUCACGCAGAUCAUCGACUACUAUCUUUCCGCAGAAGGAAAAGUACAUCUGCCAGAGAUUAACCGCCUGGCUAAGAUCGACACGCCCGAGUCUGAUGAUAAGCUUCUUCGCUAUGCCAUGGAAGGCAUCCGCUUGAACGGCACAUUCGGCUCAUACCGCCGCUCCACUGUCUCAACAACAGUGGAUGAUGGCGGUCGACAAGUGGACAUCAAGCCGGAAGACAAGGUCUUCGUGUCCUUCGUCAGUGCUGCCCGAGACGAGAAGAUCUUUCCUAGUCCGAAUGAGGUGCGCAUUGAUCGACCGCUUGACUCAUAUAUCCACUACGGCAUUGGCGCACAUACCUGCCUAGGCAAGGAAGCCAGCAUGGUCGCCCUAACCGCCAUGUUGCGGGCCGUUGGCAAGCUUAAGAACCUUCGCCGCGCUCCUGGACCACAGGGCCAGCUCAAGAAGAUUCCCAGGCCUGGAGGGUUCUAUGUCUAUAUGAGGGAGGAUCAGGGGAGCUACUAUGUGUUCCCACUCACGAUGAAGGUACAUUUCGAUGGAGAAGUUCCGGCCCCGACGAAGGCAAAAGCAAGAUGA